CUCACACUCCCGAGUCAACGCGGCGAGUUGCUCACCUCCGAUAUUCCCGUGAAAUCCUCUCUUAAGUCUGGUGGAGCACUUUACGGAAAAACUCCGGGAGGUGACUAAACUAAAGAAGAGAGACAAACUUCUCUAUCAGAGACGAAGCAGGACGAUUUUUUUACAUCAGAAACCCCGGGACCAGAGCCCCUCUUUCUGCGGGGAAAGGCGGCUGAAGUUUUUUUUUUAAAUUGCAACCACAAAAAAAUGAAUCGGAGCUUUAAUAAGUCGCAACCUCUGCGAACUGCGGACUGUAACGCCGUGGAAGUGAAAAGCAAGUAUGGGGCAGAAUUUCGUCGGUUCUCGGUGGACCGGGUCAAACCCGGAAAGUUUGAGGAGUUUUACAAGCUCAUCCUGCACAUUCACCGCAUCGCCAAUAUGGAGGUGAUGAUCGGCUAUGCUGACAUCCAUGGUGACUUGCUGCCAAUCAACAACGACGACAACUUCUGCAAGGCGGUGUCAACAGCUCAUCCACUGCUCAGGAUCUUCAUACAGAGACAAGAAGAGGUUGACUAUGCUAACUUUGGAACCAACACAAUAACUCGCAGGAAGAAGGCAGUGGUCGCGCUGCGCAAUAAUGACGUCAACCGCAAGAGGCCACACAUCCGCAUAGGCAUGCCCCAGGACUUCCGGCCCGUCUCCUCAAUCAUUGAUGUGGAUAUCCUACCUGAAUCUCACCGCCGUGUCCGGCUGUAUCGUCACGGCUCAGACAAACCCCUGGGCUUUUACAUCCGAGAUGGAACCAGCGUGCGUGUGACACCACACGGGCUUGAGAAAGUGCCCGGCAUCUUCAUAUCUCGGCUGGUGCCUGGAGGGUUGGCAGAGAGCACUGGGCUGUUGGCGGUUAACGAUGAGGUGCUGGAGGUGAACGGCAUUGAAGUGACUGCCAAGUCUUUAGAUCAGGUAACUGAUAUGAUGAUUGCCAACAGCCACAACCUGAUUGUGACAGUCAAGCCAGUGAACCAGCGCAAUAAUGUGGUCCGCAGCAGCAGGAUCUCAGGGAGCUCGGGUCAGUCGUCUGACAGCAGCGGGUCAACUGGUUACCCGAGUUUGUCAGUGACUUCAGUGGGGUUGACAUCCUCUGGAGCACACGGGUACCAAGACGACCUGGAGAGUGACGAGGAGACAGAUAUCGUCAUUGAGAGCAGCCUCAAGCGGCCGUCGCAGAGGUCCAACGCUUCCCUGGCGUCCAGUGUGUCUCGCUUACAGCUACAGAUACCAACAACGGCUUCAGGCCCAGCGGCACCUCCAAGCCCGCCCACACGUCCCGCGUCGGUGGUCUCCACCGCCUCUUUCCACUCUCAGCCUAGCCUCAACGGAGGGUCCCAUCACCACCACCAACACAGCAGCCUCAGCUACCAGCUCCACAGAGACCUGAACCUUCAGCACAACCCGCCCCAACAGGCCCAGCACCGCCAUCACCACGUACAGCCUCCGCAUCACAGCAGCAACCCAGCCCUCCGCCACAGCAACGGCAGCCUGCACAAAAUCCUCAGCUCCAUGAAAACGGACCCACGACACAGUCUUGCACUGCCCAGGGGAGGGGUGGAGGAGGAUGGCACCGUCAUCACCCUAUAAUACUUAUAAACACACACACAGACAGAAACAUCCUAACUGCUCAGAGACUAAAACUGGAACACCAGGCUGGAUAAAUAUGAGCACGAGUUUUUUUUGGAUACUAAUUUUGUAACUUCUGUUUGUUUUUACCAGAUAAUUGCUAAUGGGAUGUUACAAGCGUGGAAACAAGGAAAAUGUAUUGUGUAUAUAAUUCCUCUAUUUUUAAAGUUGUUUUUGUCAUACAUCAAAAGACUUGUAUGUUUAUAUGUAAUAAGCAUCAGAACAAAUAACUGUUUUUAGGCGAGUCCACUGUAUCCUAGAGUUCUGAAUGUGCCUGAAGCUUAAUAUCUUCUGUUAGUGACCACUUUUCAUUCUUAUUACUGGGACCAACUUGGGGUUGCUUAUGGAUGUCUUUAAAGAGUAAAUCUAUAUUUCUUAUAUUCUGAUAAAUGCUGUGUAGAGUUUGAAUUUUUUUUUUAUUAGUUCUUUUAUGCAUUGACGAUUGUGAUCAAAUCCUUGUAUCUGUUCCAAUAAAUUAUUCUAAGUCUCA